CUCUCUCGCACCGCGACAGUCGUCGGUUCGCGCUCGGCACCGCCGGAGGUGCGCUCACACACCUAUAUAAGCAUACCUACCCGCACAAAACGAUAUCUCUCUCUCGACUAAGUACUUAAUAUUGUGCACCUGUUGAAAAGGAGGAUAUGCGUCCGGCAAAAAAGCCGUGAGACUCGCGGCUGCUGACAUAAUGAUCCUCUAACCUUGAAUCGACCGGUAAGGAGAAGUUAAUUAAUCGUCGACGGUCGCCUCGCUACUGAAUGGUAUGCCCACGCGUGUGUUUUCUAACUAUAAGAGUUCGUUAAUUGGAGACGACGACGACGACGACAACGACGCCGAUGGACGGAUUCGCUGACACAUCUCCACCGACCGGCAUCCGCUUCAGAGAGGAAAACAACAAAGAAGAGCAGGCCCUCGGGGUCGAUCCCGUGGUAUGAGUAUGCCGACCACGAGUGAAGUGUGUACGGGUGCGCGGUAGAAAAGAAAACGUAGAGCGCAGUAAACGGGCGACGAGUGAGUGCGGAGAUGUUGUGCCUGAAGAAGAGGAGAACCUACAGUUUCACCCAAGGCGCCUGUGCCGAGGCGCCGCGGCAGUCGAGACAUCGCUCGGUGUCGUCCUCCAAGAGAGAUGGACGAGCCGAGGAGCAGAGGUACAGCGAGGGCAUCGCCGUGGCCGUGGCUACCCUGCCCCGGAAAUUAGGACCAAGAGAGGAAAGAUCCUCUGCCAUGGUCCUGACCGUGACGGAGGACACCCCCGCGGACAUGUUGGCCGGAAGCAUGGAGCUCCUCGUGCAGAUGCCCCGUGACCAUCAGGUGCAGACGCAGCGAGUCACCGUCCAGCGCAGCACACCGAUGAUGGAUCUGCUCGUGCAGAUCACGACGGCCCACAAGCUCGCGGCCUCGAGCUACACGCUGCAGGCGAUCGGCGAACGGGGCCUCGUGCUGCACCAUCAACCCAACACACCGAUCGGCGCCCUCGACGCUCUGCAGGUGAAAUUGCUGCCGAAGCAGGGCACCUUCCUACAGCGCAAGAGCAGGCAGACUAAUCAGCCCUUCGAAACGACUUUCAGAUUGCAGGUGCACCUGCCGCGCAACCAGCUCUACGUGUCGAGAGUAAGCCCGAAAACGAACCUCGGAGAAAUCUUGGACGAAGUGUGCCGCGAGAAGAAUCUGGACCGGAAUAAGUACGAGCUUCGACACCCAGCCAACCUCGCCGAAACCCUGGAUCUCAGCCUAACGCUUCAGGACUACCACCUCCAAGAGGUCACUCUCUGCCCUCGCCAGCAAAGCCGAACGUUAAUGGGUUCCGCCCUGAGCAGCCAAGACAUCAUGGCCCUUCAAAAGCAGGAAGAAUGUCGUCGACAACAAGCCCAGAGAAAUAGCGGUGGCGGUGUAUUCGGCUUCAUGUUCAAAAAGUCCAAGGAAAGCUCUGUGAGCACCGACAGUCUGGGUAACCGCAGUGUCUCGCCGGCGCGAAGCGACGAGACCGCCAGGAGCGCCAGUCCUCAGCAGCAACAGCAGCAGCUUAUGAGGAAUAAUUUUAACGGUCAGCAGAUGCCGCCGAAUAGGCCGCUGAGGAAGAGGAGGCCAGCGCCUAAACCGCCGACUCAGGGACAGCAGCUGGAGUCGAAGAUCGAGCAAACGACGACGGUUUCCCGGACGCAGUCGAAAUCCGCAAGCGAUAACGCCACGACCACUACGUCGGUCCCGGGCAAGGACAAGAUCGUGAUAAGCCACAGCCGCAACAGCAGCGACAGUUCGGGCUACCACGAGGCCUCAGUUCUGAGCGACAACCCAGACAACAAUGGCCAGGGUGGUCGCAUGCCUGAAACCCUGCCGAGGCGCGGACGAAUGCAGGGUAUACUCGAGGCGCCACGAAAGCUCGCUCACACUUCACAGGCCAGCAAGAGCCUUGGAAAUCUCGCUAUGGCUAGCAGUCAGGCUGGAACGCUCAGCAGGGGUGUUAGCAAUACUUCUCUCAGCUCUGCUGAAUCUGGCUCAAGUCAACGCAAGAAGCGCGCAGCGCCGCCCCCGCCGAUCGCCCGGCCGCUGCCCUCCGCGAUAUCCACCCAGGGUCUCGAACGCAUCGUCGAUUCGGACGAGUCUCUCACCUCGGACAUGGAUCUGUCCAAACCCUCCUCCGACAUCGAUGCCUCGGCGAGCAAAGCUAGCUCCGACAUCGUCUGCUCCAGUCACGUCCGCGGCCCGAUAGCCGAGCAGCCCGAAGAUGUAGCCGCUGUAGAACCCGCUAGAGUAGGCAAGAGAGCAUGCCAUACGAUAAUCAUUGUAAAUAGGAUUACUAUUGCUUUAGCCAAAGAACUCGCACCACCUGUGCCAAAGCCGCGCAAAGUCCUGAAAGCAUCGCCUACACCAUCGGCAGCCUCGUCGCCAGUGUCCGUAGAUCCGCCAGACUCGAGAGCCUCCUGCAGUCCCUGUCCCUCUGCAUCCGCGAGCUUCGGUCUGCCCAGUCUGACGGAGGACGAACGUGAGGAGAUAGCUAUGGCAAUCGACUCCAUAGUCGAGGCAGCCAAGGGUCAUGAUUUCGACUCGUUGAACAGUAACGACGAUGAGAGUCUGGUUGAAGUUGUUAAGAGGAGAAUGUCGGAGGCUCUAGACGAGGUAUUCGUCGAAGAUGUUAAGAAGAAGGAAGACGAUGAGGUUUCCGUGACCGAUGUGGUUGUUAAGGCGCCACCGAUGUUCGAGGACGACUCUGUUACUCCCACGAACGAACAUGAUGGUCCUAAAGAAGCUUCGGAGGAAGUGAAACAUCUUGAAUCUGCAACUGAAGAAGCUGCAAAAGAGGUGAAAUUCGAGCUUGCAGAUGAUACAGAUUCGAAGCCUCCUUCGUGCGCUGUCAUAUCCACGAUUCCUAAGUGUGACCACGUCGAACCGUAUACCGACGGCGACUUUGGCAUGUCUCUUGAAAGCAACGACUCCAACGGCAAAAAGCAGAGGAAGGUCGUGAGAAGCCAGUCAGAGAUGAGCCACUUCGACUUUGGUCCGGCGGAGAAGCACAGUCGACACCUGACGACUCAAGGAGAGGCGUUCACUUUUGCGCUGAAUCCGAAUCUAGGAGAAGCUGCUACUAAGAGCAUCGAGGCGUCCAUUCAAGCGGGAUCAGGUAUAGCGCCGCCGACAGAUACGGAUAUUCUUCUUCAGAAAGUCUCCGAUACGUUGUCGCACUCGUUGACGCCUCCAUCGCCGCCGCCUACACCCGAAGAAACCUCGAUUCUCGAGGUGCCGAAUUUCGUCGCCAACAACGCUACGAUUAAUUCGAACAAUGCUGCCGAGGAGAAGGUCAUGGACGUGAAGAACGUGUCAAAUGCUAAAGAAAGCCGCGAGAAUCAUCAUCAGUCGACGUUGGCAAGCGAGAGCAGCAACAACGCGACUCUUGGAUCGCAACAGGACACUAGCGACUACGUGUCAGCCAAUGGUGAAGAUCUUAGUAUUGGAGACUGGGAGUAUCAGAUUCCUGCUCCACCAAGUGCCUUCCGAGACGACGAUAAUGAGUCUAGUGUCGAGGAGAAAGUUUCAGUCCAACCGGUAAGGGAGCCAAUCUCUAUCGAAGCCGAGGUUCACCAGACGACGACAUCAGCUAUGAAGCCAAUCGAACCUCCAGCAGAACCCAAGCCAUCACCGCCGGAGCAAAAGCCUGUCGUCAAAGCUAUCCCAUCAGUUGACCAAGUCGAUUUCGUGCGUCCGAAACCACCGCCAAAACUUGUCACCACAUCGCCACAGCUGUCUACCACAGAAGUCUUAGAACUAAGCAAAAAGGCCGAGGUAAUAUCCGAGCUUGAAACGAAGAUUAAUAGUCACAAGCCUAUCAUAGAACCAGUGGUAGCCAGGGACGACGAGUCUUACGCGCCCAAGAUUGCACCUGUCGAGAACAAUCUGUCCAACUUCACCAUCACGACUUACUCGCGACAGAAGAGUCUGGACAUAUUCGAAAACAUGGAACAACCUGUGCAUAGUGAAACCAGAGUAUUGAGCACAUUUGCUACUCUUACAAGGGGUAGGAGUAUUGUUGCAGAUUAUGCCGAGGAAAGAGUUUGGAACGGAGGAAUCAAGAGCGCUCAAAGCAUGGAGAGAGUCUCCGUGCCUCUAGUCGAUGAUCGAACCAAGUUUGCGGAACGAAACGAUAUGCUGAGGGAGAAGGUCUCAGUGCACCGAUCAAAGAGUUACAUCACGCUGUCGAGCAACGAGAAGUUCCAGAACCGUGCCAACGAGAUCGAGAAGAGCAAGGAAGAAAAAAAGUUAGACGAUCACACGAAUUACGAGAUCAAGGACUCGUCCAAGAGAUUCACGAGCCUGGCUAAUGUAAACCAGAGCACUAACGAUGAGAUACCUAGGCAUAAGGAAAAGUUCUCCCAGUGGAGGGACAAUAUCCUCAGGAAGCAAGAGGAACCUUCCAAGGAAAAGCAGUUACAGUCCUUGCAGGUACUGAAGAGUAUUUUACCGCAAUUAAAAAAUGCGCAAGCGACUGAAGAAAACGGCUACAAAAGCACCAGUGAUAAUUUUACCAUAAAGAAAAGACAAGAGCCUCAGUGUGAAGAGCCACAGGAAACUCCAACAGUCUCCUCAACGACCCCCGACGUCCAGCUACGGGUGAACCGUCGUCCUCAAGAGCCGUCUAAGCGCUACACGUAUGGUGGACCACCAGCGGUAAGUCUUGGCAGCUGGUCAGAGCGACCCUGCGUUAACGUGCAGAUUAAGACCGACACAGACUACAAGUUCGGCGGUAAGAACAACCCCAACCACAGCACGUCCGGUGCCAAGACUGUAGUCAAUCUGAAUGGAGGAGGUAGUCACACUGUCGAGGAGAAAAGCGAGAGGAUGCAAAAGGAAAAUGGGGUCACAUCGCAAGAGAGUAAGGAGCCGAUGGUUGUGCACACAAAACCUGUCGUGGCUGAGAGGGACGAUGAAUCGCGCGUUGAUACAACCUCGGUAAAUUUCAGGGAGCUAACUAAGGCCUUUGGUCAAGAUGUCCGUCUACGUCCAAAGCCGCCCGUACGCAAUCCACACAACCGUCUGUCCGAGUACCUCGAACGGCCCAAGCCGGAAGUAAUCGCUUCCAAACAGAACGGUUUCGCCGAGCCGCACGUCACGACGACAACAUUUAACCAUAAUCUUCGCAAUACCAAUGGUCCGGUACCACCCGUCAAACGGUACACCUCCGUCGUUGGUAUAACGAACAACAACAACACUGUAAAUAACAAUAACGUCAACCACAUCGGUGCCAACAACAACAACAAUAAGGUUCAUCACGCGAACGGAGCAUCGAACUUUAGGUUUACUAACGGCUCAGCGCCAAAACCAACUGUCACCACUGCAGCGACAAAGGGUUUAAUUCAGAAAGAAAAAGAAUACACGGUGCCAAAGCCGCCGACGAUGCCGAUCAUUACGGGAGUUACGCUCAAAAGCGUGAACGCGCGGCCUAAGUCGAGCCCACCCAUGGUCCAGGCGGAUCCUAGGGAUCAGCUACUGGAGUCGAUCAGGAAUUUUGGCGGCCGACAAAAAUUGAGAAGCACUGCUGAAAAAUAUUAAACGUGGACAAGCUACAAGGCUGAAAGCCAGUUCUUCCGCGGAAUUAAUCAGAAAUCCGAAAGAUGAACAAAGCCGGAAGCGAAAAAGAGACUUUUCAAGAAGGUCUAUGAAGAAGCAAGAAUGAUAGUUGUCAGUCAGUCAUAAUGUUAGAAUUAGGGUUACGUGAAAUUGAAUUGCAUGGUUAAACGUCGUUCGAAAUUCUGAAGACGUUUGGGGCCAUCCGGUUGCUAUUAUUAGUAUUAACAAUGUUCUUUAUUAACGUAAGGUCCUUGUUUUCGUGAAAUUGAUCGAGAAAUUUGUAUAGAAACGAUGCAUGAGCGGGCUUUGCCUUUUCCUUGUUCUCAUACAUCUGAUGUUACUUACUGUAAAUAUUAGUGUUAGUAGUUAUCUUUUUUGGGAAGAAGGAUACGUUUGUCGUUAUAGCUGUUUCAAGAAAAAAAGAAAACUUUUUGGUGCUCAAUUUCUGUACGUUAGUUGUGUAAGAUUUCGCCUUUUUUCGAAAAAAAAGAAUGUGUGAACAGUCUAAACUUCUCUUGAUGAUCGUCGGCUACUGUUGUAAAUGUUUGCCAAACGCGAGUUAGACUCGCACGAAAGUCAACGAUAAAAAGAUAUUAUUUUUUUGUAAAAAAAAAACUAAAACGUGAAAAAACUUAAAACAUGUAUAGACGAUCAUACGAACUUUUCACAUACAUAGUCAUGUCGAUUUUUCGACGAUGGUCACUUUUAUAUGUUAUAACAUUAUUAUACUACUAACAAAUGUUCUAAUCAAUGAUUCUAAACUGUAAGAUUCUAUCAACGGGACCAAAGGUAACACUCAUCUUAUUUUAAUACAUUGUACAACGAUUUAGCGCAUGUAUGUAUGUUGUAUAAGAGCGAGCGAAUGAAAAAAGAGUAAAUUGUACUGAUAACAUACAAAACAAUGAUAAUUCCCACAUGUACAUGUUAUAAAUGAAAAAAUAUAUAUAUUUAUCGAGUAUUA